CGGAUCCCGGUCUGCCUCCCUGCACCGGGACCGCUGGUGCAUCGCGAACCACGUUAAAGCCGGGACGCUGUAGACUCGACGGGCUUCCGGGACUCGUCCAGAGGCGGCGACUCUUUGCCGACGUCCCCGGGCACGAGAGACUACUGUUCGUCCUGUCUAAAAUGGGUGUGAAGAAGAAAAGAGAAAUGCAGGUCGCUGCGUUGACUGUUUGUCCUGAGGACCUGGAAACUUUGAGAUCUUUUGCUGAUGCAGAAGGGAAAAAUCUAGCCUCUUUGCUGUUACAUUGUGUACAACUCACGGACGGAGUGUCACAAAUCCGUUAUAUUAAACAGAUUGUGCCUGUCCUGGAGAAGGUAGAUAAAAAUGGUGUGUAUGAUCCUGCUAUUGAAAAUUGUUUGAGAAUUAUAGCAAGCAUUUAUUUUUCCUUGACUCUGAAGAAUCCCUUGAAGAAAAUCUUGGCGAGCUCACUGAAUGGCCUACCUGAAUAUUUUGUAACUGAUGCUACAUACUGUUUUAUUUUUUACCUUCAAGAAGACUUAGAAACUACUGACUUAUAUUCUUAUAGAAAAGUGAUGGACAACAUAUCUUCCUGCCUGGAGAACUUUAAUGUGGGUACAGCAUGUGUUGUUUAUCUGCUUAAAAUUGUGCUUCGUUUUCUGUACAAGAGUUUAACUGACAUCCUGGAGGAAAACAGAAAAUUUGCUGGAAAUCACAUUGUUCAAACACAGUUAAUGAAUGACUUGUUGGUGGGCAUUAGAGUUUCAAUGACAUUAGUACAGAAAGUACCAAAUCCCGAGGGCCAUCUUUGGAGUGAUUCUAACUUUCUCAUCUGGCGUACUAUGUGUAGCUUGCUAAGCAUUUUCACCGACUUUUUAAAUGACGGUGACCUACUGCAGACUGUUCAGAGCACGUCAGGAUUAGCUGUUAUUCUUUUUGUGAAGAACAUGUUCUGUCCAUCUGAAAAACUUCCUGAGUUGAUCAGCAGCCUGCUUCUCCAGUCAGUUGACUGCAGCAGCACCCCUGAGUGGUUCAUGAACUGCUGUGGGAGCCUUUGCAGUGCUGACAUGCCAGUCUCCACGCUGUUGUUCCUGUGUCACGGAACGCUUGCAAUGCUGGACUGGCAGGAUGGGAGCAUGGGCCCGAGCGGGGAGGCUUUGCUCCUGGACACUGUGCAUGUUUUGUUUACCUUGACUUCACAGAUUAAGGAGUCAACAUUAGAAAUGUUCCUGUCUAGAGUCUUGGCAUCUUGGACCAAUUCAGCCUUACAUGUCCUUGAAUCAAGUUCCCCAAGCCUAAAGGACUGUCUGAAUGGAGGUUCAAGCAUAGCGAGGAGGCUUUUGGAAUAUGUCUAUACACACUGGGAACAUCCAUUGGAUGCUCUGAGACACCAAACCAAAAUCAUAUUCAGAAAUCUUCUGCAAAUGCACCGGCUCACUACGGAAGGGAAGGAUGUAGUCACUGACCCGUUCUUUGUGGAAUUGACCAAGAGUCUUCUGCAGUUAGAAUGGCAUAUUAAAGGGAAGUACGCAUGCCUUGGCUGUUUGGUUGAGAGUACUGGAAUUGAACAUAUUUUGGCAAUAGAUAAAACGAUUCCAUCUCAAAUCCUAGAGGUGAUGAGAGACCAGUCAUUGGUACCUUAUGCAAGUGACCUUUUGGAAACCAUGUUUAAAAAUCAUAGGAGCCAUUUGAAGUCCCAAACUGUCACCAAUACUUGGAUGGAUGAGUGGCAUGAGACGUGGGUUUCUCCUCUCCUUUCUAUACUGUGUGGAGGGAACUUGGAUCAGAAGUCGUAUGUGAUCGAUUAUUAUUUGCCAAGGUUACUGAAUUACAGCCCUGAAAGCCUGCAAUACAUGGUGAAGAUUCUUCAGGCAUCUAUUGACACUGAAACUGGGUCUUGUAAUCGCAGAGGGGCUCUGGGAGCUUUGAUGGCAUGUCUACGAACAGCUAGAGCUCAUGGACAUCUUCAGUCUGCAACUCAUGCCUGGGAGAACCUUGUGUGCGGUGCACGGAUAAAGCAAGGCUUAAUUCACCAACACUGCCAAGUGCGGAUCGAUACACUAGGCUUGCUCUGUGAAAGCAAUCGGAGCACAGAAGUGGUCUCUGCAGAAGAAAUGGAGUGGGUUCAGUUCUUUAUCACAUACAAUCUCAACAGCCAGUCUCCAGGGGAGCGGCAGCAGAUUUGCUCGCUCCUUAAAAAGUUGUUCUGUAGGAUACAAGAAAGUUCUCAGGUACUUUAUAAGUUGGAGCAAAGGCAGUCCCCCCCUGACUCAGAGAGCGAGUGCAGCAGAGAGCGGCCUCCUGUGUCUUUACAGCAGUAUAAGAAUUUCAUGUCAUCUGUUUGCAACAUCCUUUUUGAAGCAUUGUUUCCUGGAUCUUCCUACUCAACUAGGUUUUCAGCUUUAAGCAUUUUAGGAUCAGUAGCUGAAGUGUUCCCUGUCUCAGAAGGUAACAUCCAGACAGUGUAUCAGCUGAGUCAUGAUAUUGAUGCCGGCCGUUUCCAAAUACUAAUGGAAUGCUUUACUAGUACUUUUGAGGACGUGAAAACCUUAGCGUUUGGCCUUCUGAUGAAGCUGUCGUCGUCGGUAACAGUCGGGCAGUUCCAGGAUUCUGAGAAGCUGCAAGACCUGUUCCAGGCAGCAUUGGAGCUCAGCACCAGUGCGAAACCCUACGACUGUGUGACAGCCUCCUACCUGCUGAACUUGCUAAUAUGGCAGGAUGCUCUGCCAGCCUCCUUGACGGCCUCCUCAGCACAGCAGCUCACACGUGGAGCUGGAAAGAAGGCUGCCGUGCUGGAAAGGAACACGUUAGUGGUUAUGAAGUGCUUGAUGGAAAAUCUUGAGGAUGAAAUAUCUCAGGCUGAGAACUCUCUGCUUCAGGCUGCAUCCUCAUUUCCAAUGUAUGGAAGAGUCCACUGUAUAACAAGAGCUUUCCAGAGGUUGCCUUUGAAUGCCCUGCAGUUGGUGAGCGAGUGGAGGCUGGUGGUGGAGAGGCUUUUGCUGCUGGCCUACAGGCUUUCUGCUGUGGUGUCUCCUGUCAUCCAGAGCUCCUCCCCUGAAGGCCUCAUCCCUAUGGACACCGACUCAGAGUCAGCAAACCGCUUGCAAGUGAUUCUCAAUGAGAUUCAACCACGGGAUACUAAUGAUUACUUCAGCCAAGCCAAACUACUGAAAGAAUGUGAUAGCUUUGACUUGGAAGACUUGAGUACCAGUGUCUCAAAUAUUGAUAGUUGUGCAGAAAUCAAAGGUAAAGAAGGAAAAGCAUGUGACGUCACUGCUCAGAUGGUCCUGGUGUGCUGCUGGAGGAGUAUGAAGGAAGUCGCUUUACUUCUGGGCACACUCUGCCAGCUUCUCCCCAUGCAGCCUGUGCCAGAACCUUCUGAUGUGUUGCUAACAGUGCCGCAGGUAAAAGAAAUGGGAGAUUACUUUAAACAGCAACUUUUACAGUCCAGACACAGAGGAGCAUUUGAGCUGGCUUACACUGGUUUCGUGAAACUCACUGAUGUAUUAAACAGGUGCUCUAAUGUGAGUCUGCAGAAGCUGCCGGAGUGGUGGUUGUGCAGUGUGCUGGAUGACAUUAAAAGCAGCGAUCCCUCCUCCAAACUCUGUGCCACAAGGCGCAGUGCGGGAAUCCCUUUCUACAUACAGGCACUGUUGGCAUCUGAACCAAAGAAGGGCAGAUUGGACUUGUUGAAAAGAACAAUGAGAGAGCUGAUCUCUUUGGCUUUGUCUGUAGAUACCUCAAAGGGCGCAGUCCCCCAGGUUCAUGCUUUAAAUAUCCUCAGAGCCCUGUUCAGAGAUACACGUCUGGGAGAAAACAUUAUUCCUUUUGUUGCUGAUGGAGCUAAGGCUGCAAUUCUGGGCUUCACAUCACCUGUCUGGGCAGUGAGAAAUUCAUCCACACUUCUCUUCAGUUCCUUGAUCACAAGAAUCUUUGGAGUUAAAAGGGGAAAGGAUGAACUUUCCAAAACAAACCGAAUGACAGGAAGAGAGUUUUUCUCACGCUUUCCAGAACUGUAUCCAUUUCUUCUCAAACAGUUGGAAACUGUAGCCAGUACAGUGGACAGCGAGACGGGAGAGCCUGAUCGCCACCCCAGCAUGUUCCUUUUACUCUUGGUGCUGGAGAGACUCUACCCAUCUCCGAUGGAUGGCACGUCGUCUGCACUCAGCUUGGCACCCUUUGUUCCUUUCAUUAUCAGGUGUGGUCGCUCACCUAUCUACCGCUCCCGUGAAAUGGCGGCUCGUGCACUGGUCCCCUUCAUUACGAUAGACCAAAUACCAAGCACCCUCCGUGCUCUGCUAGACUCACUCCCCAACAGCACUGACCAGUGUUUCCGACAAAACCAUAUUCAUGGGACACUUCUACAAGUUUUUCAUUUGUUACAAGCCUACGUUACAGACUCCAGACACAGAACCACUGCAGAUUUUCAGCAGGAGCUGAGUGAUGUCACUGCUGGUACCAAAGCCAAACUCUGGCUAGCCAUGAGGCAAAAUCCAUGCUUGGUGACCAGAGCUGUAUACAUUGAUAUUCUCUUCCUGCUGACUAACUGCCUGAACAGACCUGCAGAAGGCAAGCAACCAGCUCUGGAGAGUCUUGGCCUCUGGGAAGAUGUGAGAGGAAUCGUCUUGGGAUCAGAGCUGGUUACAGGGUUCCCCUGGACCUUCAAGGUGCCAGGCCUGCCGCAGUACCUGCAGAGCCUUACCAAACUAGCCAUCCCUGAAGUGUGGGCAUCGCUGACUGAGGCUGAAGGGCAGGCGGCUGCUAUUCCUCUCUCCUUCUCUCGGCUUCUGGAGUCUUCCUUUCCUGAAGUACGCUUGCUAACCCUGGAUACCCUGCUGGAAAGGGCAACGUCCUCUGAACUGGGAGAGAAGGGACUACCUCCCUUGCUGUGUAGUAUGAGAGAGGAGUUCCUGCUGCUGGCGAUGAAGGAAACCCACCCAGGAUGUUUCUGCCGGGUCCUGAAGAUUCUCUGUCGUAUGAACCCCAGUGAGUGGCUUCCCCAGACAGAGUGCUGUGUCCACCUCUCCCCAAAGGAGUUCCUCAUCUGGACUGUGGAUCUUGCUUCCAAGGACAGAUCUGAAGUCCAGAGUGUAGCUCUGAGACUUGCCUCCAGAGUGAUUGCCUACCACGUGCAGACAUGUGAGGAGAACAAGGAUUCCAUGGCCUCUGAGCUGAGGCAGUGGGUCCAGCUGGUUGUCUGGUCCUGUGGAGACCAUCUUCCUACUACGUCUAGACUGGCUGCUGCUGAAGUCCUCACAAGCACCGCACCCCUGUUCCUCACCAAUCCCCGGCCCAUUCUUGGCCUGUUUGUCAUCAGCAGGGACCAGCUCUCUAUAAACAAACUCUGCCUGAUGACUUGUUGGCCUUUCAAGACUCAGCCCAGCCUUCUCCUCCUCCGGGAAGCCAGGACUUCCUUAAAUGACACAGGGAAGUGCUCCCCAGGACUCCGUGCUGCUGAGGUUAAGAAGGGGCCAGGCUGGCUUCCAGGCUUUUGUCUGAUGUCCCCACAGGGCUGCUGGUUCCCUUCACUACUCAACUGAACUUGAAAUCAACCCUGGGAUAUGAAAGGCGCUGUUCCAAAGUCAAAUGGAUGUGCAGCUCUGAGCUGGCUUCUGAACUAGGUUCCUCCCCUCUCUCCACUCUCAUACCUAGAGAGCAGUACCUAGGGAGAAGCUUCGUGCCAACGAUGCUGAAGGAAAUGGAGUCUGAGGAGAGCCUCAGAAGAUGAAGAGCACGGGGGUGUUAUUUCAUGUUUUCAUUGUGUUGCUUUGGAGUUUAUUUUGAUUUGUAAAUACAGGGUUUAAUUAAAGGAAACCCAGGGCCACAGAGCCAGGCUCUGGCCCAGAUCCUGUCCUCUUCUGCAUGUGGUCACUUCCUGUUUCUCUUGACUACUUUCAUGCUUGGCCCCAAGAAUCAGGCAGGGGUCUAGCCCCCAAGGAGCUUGCAGUAUUGUUGUGGUGACAGAUUUCCAGGUCAGGGGAAGAGUCGGUUUUGAGGUGGUGACAUUGAAGUUUAAGUGAGACCUGUGCAGCCUCUGUCUUGCUAUCCUUUCCCUUCUUCUUCUGAGUGACAUCACCAGCGGCCCUCCCGUGGUUAUGAUUUAAUCACUGAACCCAGAGCAGUGAGGCUAAUAUACUUUGGUUAGGUCAGGCACGGCGGUCUGUGCCUGCAGUCCUAGCUACCUGAGAGGCUGACGCUGGUAAACUGGCCUAGACAGCACAGUGAAACCUUCUCUGUAAGGCAGUGUGUUUCUUCUUUUGUGUCAAGCAUUCUCAGUGAGCUCAGUUCCAUUUUGCAGCACAUUUUUCUGAACAACCUUGGUUACUCUGUCACUCACAACAAGUAGAAUUUGUGUAAGACAACCUGAAAUUCUUGUGUGGAAUUGAGUCUUAGUUUGUGUUAGCUGCUGAUGCUAGGGAUGGCAUGCCAGAAACAAGGAAGAGGAUCAGCGAUUUCCAGUGGCCAGCUCAUCAAGAGCAGCAGCCAGCCAGAGACGUGAGGACAGCUUGAAAGGGACUAAAGAGGGGAAUGUUUCAGAGGUUCAAUGACCUUGGUGCUGAGAAAACUCAAGGUGGAGUCUUUGGCGGCACAUGCUCAGAAUCACAGCCUUGGGAGGUGGAAGCAGGAGGGUCUCAGGAGGUCAAGGCCAUCUCGGGCUACAGAGUGAAUCUGAGGCAGCAUGGGCUGCUGGAAACCCUGUCUCAAAAAAUUAAAAAAGCAUAGAGUCUGUAAGGAGGAGUAAAAUGUAAAGCUUGAUCUGGGAGUGGAGAACUAAACUCCAGAAGGUGCUGUUGGCAAAGGGGGGGGGGGGGGAGCUCAGCUCAGACUGCCCCUUUCGAGGCCGCUGGGUGGUGCUCUGCCAUUGCACUCUAAUGAAACCCUCCUAAAAUCUGUCCCUGGAGUCCAUUUCACUGUUUUCCUGCAGUCACCCAGCAUCAUUUGUGACUGCUCUUUACCUAUAUUCUAGAUCUCAUGGCCCUCGAUGCUGCUCACAGCAGAUUCCGCCUGUUUGUACAUAGCAGUACCAUAUGGUAACCAGCAGAACCCGUGCCAAGGGCCAGUGGCAGCAGAAAACAAGCCCCAGAGACAUGUAACACGGGCCCUUUGUCAUGGCCUUCCCUACUUUGGAUUCUUGCCCCCAAACCUGAUAUUGAUUAAUACUUUGCUUUUCAGAAUUGGAAAGUUCUCGUAGUCUCCUAAACCACACUAAACUAACUUCUGCAAAGUACUCUGGUUUUUUGAGAUAAGUUCUCACCAUGUAGCUCAAGCCCCCACUCCAUACAGGGUCUCAUUAUGUAGCCCUGGCUGUCCUGGAACUCUGUAUGUAGACCAAGCUGGCCUUGAUCUCACAGAGAUCUACCCGCCUUCUGAGUACUGGGAUUAACCGUGUGAAAAAGCAUUCUUGUUGCAUAAAUUGUGCCACUUUAGAGAGUUGUCCAGAACUUUGUAGGCCAGUCAGCACCUUCUGGAGACUCUGCCCUUCCUCCUACAAAAAAAGAUGUUUCCAGGCUCCCCCAGCAGGACCCUCUCUGUUCCAGUGUGGGUCUGAUCCUCAGGUUUUCCUGUCUUACAGUAACACCCCCUCCCUAAAGGAAUGGCUGUGGCUUCUUCAUAAUGUCCCUCCCACAUGUGGUUGAAGCAGUCUUACUACACGCUUGUCAGUGACACUGUAGACAUGAAUGACAUGAAUUCCUGACAUGAUUUUCU